AUGGCAACAACAUUAACCACUUGUUCACAAUGUGUGACUUAUAACGAACAGCUGAAUAACAAAGCAGGCGAAAUUAAGACUUUACAAGAACAUGUUCAAAAAUUGGCUCAUAAGCUGCAGGAUGAAAGCAGGAGAAAGGAAGAAGUGCAGGAACGCCUGAACGACAAGCUGAUCAGAUUAAAUGAUUAUGUCAUCAAAAUUAGAAGCCUUGAGGAACAGUUGCAGUCAGCAAGCGAUCGUCGUAUAGUCGGUGAACUUUCUCGAGCUGAAGUUAACAGUAUCAUUGGUCGAGAUCUAGAGCAUAUUCAUUCACAACUGGUCGAAAAGGAUAUGAAAAUAAUGGAAUUGAAUGAUACAGUACUUGAAAAAGAAAGGCAUAUUAUUGAACUACAAGAAAUGUGUCGUGAACAGGGAGAACUUGUGCAAGCGAAAGCUAAAGCCUUCCAUAUAAUGCAGCAAAAACUACUGGAUUUGGGCACACGAACGACACGUGAGGAUUCAACAGAAACUGAAGCAGCAUAUAUUUUUGAAACUUCAUUUACUCCGUUGUCAUCAUUACAGCAGCCACAGAAGAAUCGACGACAUCAACAUGAUUCUUUUCCACCCGGACACGCUGUUGUACAUUUCAAAAUGGGUAGCUCAGGUUCGCCUCCACCAGUUGAUCCAAGUGAGGAAUGCAGUUCACUAACGCAGGAUAACAGCAAUGUACAGGACGACUUUGAUGCUGAUGAUGGAGGCAAUACAUUCAAGAAGAAGCAUAGGAAGAAAGUGACUUUCGAUUUACCACCUCGGAAAGAAUUCAAAAAUGGCAGCGGUCAAGAAGAGGGUGACAACAUCACACAAGCAAUCAUCGAUGUAACAGCUGAAAAUGACCAGUUGCGACAAACGAUUCAAGAAAUGGAAAAGUGUGCCAGUGAUUCACAAAAUCAUUUGAGCCAGCUCCAAACACAAUUAGAUGAAAUGCGUCGGGAUGGACGGAAUCAGGUGCUGAAAGCGCGUGCCUCUGUGCAGGGAAAAAUUCGUGAUUUGGAAGAUAAAAUUUCUACGAUGAAUAGAGAACACGCUGACAAGGUUGAAUAUUUGAAUGCGAGCAUUGAAACGCUUCGAGCGGAUCGUGAAUGGACGUUAGAAGAAAAUGCUCGCUUGCUGAAACUUCUUAAUUCUUACAAAGAAAAAUUGAACGACGCAUGGGAAGCAAUGAAUGCAAGGCAAGAGGAAAAUAAGGAACUUCGUUUAAAGUUGGACGAUGAUCGAGCUUUAAUUGUCCAGCUGGCUGAUGAUUUAGAAGAAGCACAACAAACAGCGAAUAUUCUCUUAGAACAAAAAAUAUCAGUUCUUGAUGAUGUUGAACGACUGAAAGAAGCUUUAGAAGCUCAGGAUCAGUACAUUGAAUUACUGGAAAAAGAUACAAUGAUAUAUGAAGAACAUGUUGGUUUGCUAAGAGAUUCAUUGGGUGCUUCGAAAGCGGAGCGAAAAGCGCUAAUAAGAUCUAAGGCAUAUGAAACAAAGCUAAAAGCGCUGGAGCAGGAAAAAGAACAAAUGAAUCGAAGAAGCAAUGGCAAGUCAAACUUUUCCUAA